GCACGGCAGCGUAGCUGACGUACAUGUCAGUGAUACAAAAUUUUAGGUGGAAGAUUCCAGCAUCUUUGUUGAAUUUUGACCUAAGUGUGGACACAAAAUAAUCGAUUAAUAGAUCAAAUCGAACAACUAAUAUUUAGGCAAAUGUGACAUAUACCUGCAAGCUCCCUAAGACGAACGCCUGAACCAUGUGAUUGCACUGCAUCGCUGAAGCAGGGCUCUGGUUCUUCUCGGUGGGCUACAGAGAGAGUUAGAGAGAGAGAGAGAGAGAGAGAGAAGGAGAGAGGGAGGGAAAGAGAGAGAGCAAAAGAUGGAGGGGGGCGGGGUGGAGAGACGUAUGUGAGCGCGCGUGGACCCCACCGUCGCAGUCCUUCCCGAGGAUGUAUCCAGCAGCCAUGGUCCUGCCGCGCGCCCUGCGUCUGCGUGUGAGUGACAGGAUCCCAUGGUUAUUCAUAUAAUAUUUUUAAUAUCCAAGAUCGGAUGGUUCAUCUCCUCAGUGCGGAUCUUAUCCGGAGGACAUACAGACAUCAAGAAUGGCUUUGGUAAUGGAACCUAUUAGUAAAUGGACUCCCAAGCAAGUGCUGGAUUGGAUGAAAGGGUUGGACGACUGUCUGCUUCAGUACAUUAAGACGUUUGAGCGGGAGCGCAUCAACGGGGAGCAGCUCCUACACAUCACCCACCAGGAGCUGGAGGAGCUGGGGGUCACACGCAUCGGACACCAGGAGCUCAUCCUGGAGGCUGUCGACCUCCUCUGCGCUCUGAACUAUGGGUUGGAGACGGAGAAUCUAAGAACGCUGUCACACAAGCUGAACGCCUCGGCCAAGAACCUCCAGAACUUCAUCACUGGCCGUCGCCGUGGUGGCCACUAUGAUGGGCGGGCAUCCCGCCGCCUGCCCAACGACUUCCUCACCUCCGUGGUUGACCUCAUUGGAGCAGCCAAGAACCUCCUAGCCUGGCUGGACAGAUCACCGUUUGUGAGUGUGACUGAGUACUCCGUGUUGAAGAAUAAUAUUGUUCAGCUCUGCCUGGAGUUAACUACUAUUGUUCAACAGGACUGCACCGUGUAUGAGACAGAGAACAAGAUCCUACACGUGCUGUCUGUUGUCUGGCUGCAGUGUAAGACGCUGUCUGGGAUCUGUGAGCACAUCAUCUCUCUGUCGUCCGAUUCGCUGGUGUCUCAGUCGGCCCAUCUGGAGGUGGUACACCUGACCAACGUCAUGCCCAGCGAAGGCCUGGGUAUGUACAUCAAAUCUACUUAUGAUGGGCUCCAUGUCAUUACAGGAACCACCGAAAAUUCCCCCGCCGACCAGUGCAAAAAGAUCCAUGCGGGCGAUGAAGUGAUACAGGUCAACCAUCAGACAGUGGUGGGAUGGCAGCUGAAGAAUCUGGUGAAUUCUCUCCGUGAGGACCCCAGUGGAGUCAUCCUCACUCUGAAGAAGAGGCCUCAGAACACACUUACCUCCGCCCCGGCUCUGCUGAAGAACGCCCGCUGGAAGCCGCUGGCCCUCCAGCCCAUUCCCACCAGUCCCUGCAGUGAAUCCCCCACUCCCCCCAGCACCCUGGGCUCGCUUGGACUGUCUCCUGGACUGGACACACCAACCAGCCAUGACGUCUUCAUACUGUCCCCUGUCUCUGGAGUCUAUGGGCACAGGGAAGAGGAGAUGGAGAGAGGCGGGUUUGGAGUGUUUGGAAGCGCCGAGUCUCCAGGCUUUUUUAUGGACCAGGAGCAGGGUCAGUACUUCCCCUUACUGGAGGAGGAGGGGGGCAGAUCCACAGGCCUGCGCCGCAGAGACAGGACCCCCACACACGGUGACCACAGGACCGUUUCCAUGGCAAACGAGUGGAUGGCCGAUCCUCAGGAGUCUGGUGUGUACAAGAGAGGAAGCAGAGACUCGGACUCCUCUCUCUUACGCUUCAUGAGUGAUGACAGGAUCAUGGUGAUCCAGGAAGAGGGGGAGUUUGCACGGGACUUCCAGCGUGACACAAGCCGGCGCUCUAGAAGGAAGAGUCGCAAUCCCAGCAGCCCCAGCUAUCCCAUCAGCCCCUCUAUGCUGGUUCCCCCGGUCAGGCUGGACACUGGACCCCCUGAAGGACUGCCCUUUCCCGUGCCCGACAGCAACACUAUGCCACACUAUCAUCGAGCUGGAGACACACUCCGUGCCGACACGGACAGGUAUGCAAGUUCUGCCAUUGACAGACAAGCAGGAACAUCAAUGAGGAAGUCAAUGCACUAUGCCUCUUUAAGGACCAAGACCAAAAAGAAGAGCAAAGGGUCGCUCAGCAAUGCGAGUCGCAGGAGGAUCGCGUGUAAGGACCUGGGCCACGGCGAUUGUGAAGGCUGGCUGUGGAAGAAGAAAGAUGACACUGGCUACUUCACCCAGAAAUGGAAGAAGUACUGGUUUGUCCUGAAGGAGUCAGACCUCUACUGGUACACCAACCAGAAUGAUGAGAAGGCGGAGGGCUUCAUCAGUUUGCCAGAGUUCAGAAUAGACAGGGCCAUCGAGUGCAGGAGGAAACACGCUUUCAAGGCUUGCCAUCCCAAAAUCAAGAGUUUCUUCUUUGCCACGGAUCAUUUGGAGGAGAUGAAUAGAUGGAUGAAUCGAUUGGGACUGGCUGCCAUUGGAUACACCCCAGAUGAUCCUGUUCCCCGCCCAGAUGAAGACUACUGGAGUGAAAGUGACCAGGAAGAAAUGGAUGGAUCCGUGACGCUCAAACAUGAGAGCUACCACCGAGGCCACAGUGCUAACCCCACCAGUCCCUUCCCUGAGCGCCAUUUCUCCAGCGGCUCCACCUUCUCCCACUCCUCAGCUGAAGAGACCCACUCCGGCUGCCGCUCCUCCCACCGGGAACGCCGCUCCUGGCAGGACCUGAUUGAGACGCCCCUGACCAGCGCCGGCCUGCACUACCUGCAGACGGGCGACGCCGAGGGCGACUGGGGCGGUCCGGGACCCCACGUACCCCCCCUCUCCCCCGACCACCGCCGCCACCAGGCCACCCUCCCGGCGCAGCGGCACCGCCCCCUGGACCGCGACGGGCCCUUCCCCCUGACGGACAGCGAGGACCGGGGCUCGCACAGCCACGCGCACAGCCACAAGCAGCGCAGCCACAGCCUGCCACGCAACCGCGACGCCCAGGCCGCCCUGCCCCGCCACACCCACGGCACGCUGCGGCCCCGGGCCCACGCGCAUCGCGAGGCGGAGGAAGAGGCGGACGAGUUGGGGGAGGGCGGCGGGGGCGGCGGGGGCUCGCGGCGCAGGCACAACAGCAGGCGACGGGACGGAGGAGGAGGAGGAGGAGAGCGGGCGUGUGAGGUGGCGGAGCGGGAGGCCGAGGUGGAGCGAGAGAGAGAGCGAGAGAGAGAGCGAGAGCGCGGGCCGGGCGGAGAGGCGGCGGUGGACGGCCUGCAGGAGCUCUACCGCACGCUGGAGCAGGCCAGCCUGUCGGCCUUCGGCCAGCAGAGACCCUCCACCAAACAGGAGUUCCGUCGCUCCUUCGUCAAGCGCUGCAACGACCCGGCCACCAACGACCGACUCCACCGCAUCCGAGCCCUGCGCAGCACGCUGAAGGCCAAAGAGGGCGAUAUGGCCAUCAUCGGUCUGAUUCUGGACGACCCCUGCCUGACCUCGCGGAAGUUCCGGGAGUGGAAGCAGCGCAACCAGGAGCUCUUUGUGGACAUCUGCGAGUUCAGCGCGGGUCCCCUGGAGCUCGCCUCCGACGCCGCCGCCGACCUCUCACCUCUGUCUCCCACCCUGAUGAUGCACACGCACUCCUUCAUCGAGACACACGUCUGAGGCGCAUAUGAUGGUCAUCGACACACACUUCCUUUUUGCCAAAACACCCAAUAGCAUUACACACAUAUGUCACAGACAUCCAAAAAUGCAAACUUUUACAGAACCUCAUGUCCAUCCACUGUUAUUUACUAACUCCUAUGCCCUACAGUAUUGACAUGUAUGUGAAAUGUAAACACACCCAUAAACUGAUGAACAAAAACUUGGAAGAAGCACUGUGGAGUCAAGAGACCCCCCCCCCCUUCUGCCCCUUGCCCUCUUACCUUCUCCCUGAUCCCCAACGGACAGCUGACUGAGGAGCCGACACACUGUUACCAUCACACACUCACUGUAACUAUGGGAACAAACACACACACACAUACUGUAACCGUGGUAAUGGAUGAAUACGGUGAGCGAUUGCAAAAAGCUCACAGACACCACAGAGACUGAAGCCAGAGGAGGAGUGAAAGGAUGUUACGAGCUCCCAGAGCCCAUGUGAGCUACUAAUAACAGACCCACUCACUGGAGAUGUUGAGGUGCCCCACUGCAUGCCUGAGGAAAAAAAGAGUCAUUCUUUCAUAUUUAGUGCUGAAGAAGAAUAUAUGAACAGCAACUACAAGGAACUGAACACAAACAGCGAUAAUUGUUCAGGGGCUGUAUCAUUUUUCUCUUUUUUUUGAAUCAGCUCUGGUUUUGUUUUGAUUUUUUUUUCCUUUCUUCCCCUUGUAUGCUGCAGGAAGAGCGAUCGAUGUAGCUGUGGGCAAUGGGCUUCAUUCUGUUACCAAGCAACACACACACCGCCCUACUGUGUAAUUGUAUGCAGCUCUCAAAAUGUGUGUGUGUGAGAGAGACAGAAAGAAAAUGUUUGGUGUAUUUGUGAGUAUAUGGAUUUCAGUGUGUGACAGGGGUAUGUGUGUGUGUGUGUGUGUGUGUCUGUG